CACUCGUAGUACAAAAACAGUUUAUUAUCAACUCUCUUUAGCUCUGGUCUGCAAAAGAACACCAUGAAUUCUCCAUCUUCUUUGAUGAUGACAAUCUCCCAACCAGAACAAGAAAAACUCAUAGACAAACUCCAAAUCUUCAAGAUUCAAGGUAAAGAUAAACGUGGCUGCACCAUCCUUCGCAUCAUCGGCAAGCUUUUCCCUGCAAGGAUUGUAAGUGUGGAGGCAGUAAACAAGUAUGUACAAGAGAAGAUUUAUCCAAGUUUAGAGCAGAGACAAUUCUCAAUAGUGUACGUACAUACAGGAGUUAACAGAAGUGAAAAUUUCCCAGGAAUAGCAGCUCUCCGAUCAAUCUGUGAUGCUAUGCCGGAAAACGUGAAAGAUCAUCUGAAAGCUGUUUAUUUCCUUCACCCAAGCCUACAGUCUCGACUCUUUCUUGCCAUUUUUGGCCGUCUCAUCUUCACAGGAGGGAUUUAUUGGAAGCUGAAUUAUGUAACUAGGUUAGAGUUCCUGUGGGAACACGUAAAGAGAAAGGAGAUAGAAAUGCCAGAGUUUGUGUAUGAAUUUGAAGAAGAGCUGGAUGACUACCGUCCGAUGACGGAUUAUGGAAUGGAGGGAGAUCAUCCAAGGGUUUAUAUUGAUUCUACUGCUGAACCUGCAGUUUCAAUGUACUCAAUGAGGUGUAUUGCUUAGUAAAAAAGAAAGAGGGGAAAAACUGUUUUAGGUGGUCUUAGAUGGGCUGAACUGAUAUGUGUGCCGGCCUCUUAGGUCACUUUGUUUUAUCUUCAAGUGUUAUUACUUAUAGAAUGUCUGCAAAAUGCUUAGUUGGUAUCUGUGGCGUUCCAAAUUUAAUUUCAAAAUGCUGCUUAGUGAUUA